GCAGUUACACGUUUUCCCCCAAGAGCCUCGGACGGUCACGGGCUCAGGCUCUGGGACAGAGCUGUGACCAUGGCCGGGCUGGUGCUGUCUCCGGUGCCUGGCAACUGGCUGGUGGUGCUGCUGCUGCUUCUCUCAGGUGAGCCCAUGCCAGCAGUGAAAGCAGAGGACUUGCACCAGAAUCUCCAAGGAAGUUCUUGUGCCCGGAUAUGGCAUCAUCCACGCUUCAUGGCCAAGAAACGGGGCUCUGUGGUGAGGAUGCACUGCUACAUACACACCACCAGCGUCCCCAGCAGUGUGACCUGGUUCCGGAAGCAAAUUAAGGACCAGGACCCUCAGGAGCUGCCCCCAGAACCGGGCCACAUCCUGCAGUUCCGGAAUGGCUCUGUCCACACCCUCACCAUCCAAGGCGCCCAGUUCGAGGACAACGGCAUCUACUUCUGCCAGCAGAAUGGCACCACCAAGCCUGUGUUUUGUGGCUGUGGCACGGAGCUGCGAGUCAUGGGGUUCAGCACCUUGGCACAGUUGAAAAGGCGGAACACACUGAAGGAUGGCAUCAUCAUGAUCCAAACCCUCCUCAUCAUCCUCUUCAUCAUCGUGCCCAUCUUCCUGUUGCUGGACAAGGAUGACAGCAAGGCAGGAAUGGAGGAGGACCACACCUAUGAGGGCCUGGACAUUGACCAGACAGCCACCUACGAGGACAUCGUGACUCUGCGGACAGGGGAGGUAAAGUGGUCUGUUGGGGAGCACCCAGGCCAGGAGUGAGGAGCCGCCGCCCACGCUCCAGCACAGUCCCCGGGCCUCACCGACUGCUUCAGAGCCGCCUGGAUCGCCACCCACCCCUCCUUCCUGGAUCCCCAGAUGGCUUCCAAAGCCACCUCCCCCUCCAGCCCCAGGUCCCCAGCUCCUGCCAAAGGACCUGGAGUAGGACAAGAGGGCAGUGACUGGGAGUGGGAGUCCUCAGGGGACAGAGUGGACCCAGCCUUCUGGGGAGGCUACGCACGGUCAUUCCCAGGUUUGGGACUGGAAAGCAGAGACUUGUGGGAACCAGCAAAUGGAUUCAGAACAGACCCACUUCCUGCAGAACCUGGGAAGAGCCAUGGCCCCCAAAGGGGCGGUGAGAACUUUGUUCCCCUCCCCCAUCCCCUCCCUCCCAGGGGCGCCGAGCCUGGAGCCCAUUCUCCCACGGAAUAAACAAUGUCUGACAACCCA